CAUGUGCAGUGCCGUACAGUCCAGGCCUUUCCCGCUGCUGCUCUUGACCGAACUGUGGACGUUAACGCUAACGCGAGUCCGGAAGAACCUCGAGUGCCGGCCCCGGCAUGAGGUUUCCCAGGAGGCUGCUCGGGGGGGUGAUACGACCCUAUUCCUAGUGCUGGCUGUGCUGCUCCUCUUCUUCGUGGGAGCCGCUCUGACCAUGCUCCUGCCUAAAGUGGCGGACAAUGGGGUGUCUGUGCUGCGGAGAGAGGGUGUCACACAGCCUGACGCGCACAACUCCUUCACCAUCAUCAUGCAGUCCUAUAAUCGCACUGACCUGUUGCUGAAGCUGCUCAAUCACUACCAAGCUGUCCCGCACCUGCACAAGAUCAUAAUCGUCUGGAACAGCGUGGGAUCCAAAGUGCCCAGAGAGCUGUGGGACUCGCUGGGUCCACACCCAGUCCCUGUCAUCUUCAAGGAACAGACAGUCAAUAGGAUGAGGAACCGAUUACAGCCUUUUGCUGAGAUUGAGACCCAGGCUGUGUUGAUGCUCGAUGAUGACACAUUAAUCAGCGCCUUUGACCUGGAGUUUGCAUUCUCUGUGUGGCAGCAAUUCCAGGACCGAAUUGUGGGCUUUGUGCCUCGGAAGCACGUGGUGACAGCUUCGGGGACGUUGAGUUAUGGCAGCUUCGAGCUGCAGAGCGCCAUCGGGGGAAGCGGAGACCAUUACUCCAUGGUGCUGAUCGGAGCCGCCUUCUUCCACACCUCAUAUCUGCAACGCUUUGCAGCACAGCCCCCAGCGGUCACCAGCCUCAUUGACGAGACUCAGAACUGCGAUGACAUCGCCAUGAACUUUAUGGUGGCCCAGCACACAGGCGCGGCGGCCGGGGUCUUUGUCCGCCCGGUGGACAUGAGGAACCUGGAGAAGGAUGGCACCAGCGGCUUCAGUGGCAUGUGGCACCGACCAGAGCACCUGCUGCAGCGGUCAUGGUGUCUGAACCGCCUGGCAUCCAUCUACGGCAACGUGCCCCUGAAGUACUCCAACAUCAUGGUCUCGCAGUUUGGCUUCCCCAACUACGCCAAUCACAAAGCCAAAAGCUGAGCACAGUCAGUGCAGCUGUAGCCAUGCAGAGAACGUGAGGGUGUGCAUUGUACAAGCUGCAUGUAACUUGCUGUGCUGACACCCACAUGCCUAGCUGGCACAGGUUACACUAAGUGCUGCACUGGGGCCAGGAUCCCUGUGUGUGGAGUACAGUCUCUUGCUCGCUCAGUCAGACCUGUUGUGAUUAUACUGAUACUCCUGGAGGAUUCUGUAGUGCAUCCAUUGCCUAGGUUCUGUGCCAAGUCAUUUCCUAAGUGGGACCAGAGCUCUAUUCUGGUCAAGAGUCAGUGUCGCCAGGAAGCAGUCUGGCUCCUGCAAUCUUGAUGCCUCGAGUUAUUGAUGUGUUUGAUACGUGUUCCAGAAGCGGAAUGUAAUUUUAAGGAGCAGGUGGUGCCUUUGGUGACUGUGACUGAUGCCACUGACCUCUGCUAACUUUGCCUGUAUGUUAUCUGUGUAUCCAGUAGUUGUAAGUGUUUAUUGAAGAGCAAUAAAGAUCUCAGAUGUG